AUGUCUCUACCCAUCAAUUAUGAGGGUCUCCGGCAUCAGAUAGAGAAGCUGGUGCGGGAAAAUGAGGAGCUGAAGAAGCUGGUGCGGCUCAUUCGGGAGAACCACGAGCUCAAAUCGGCGAUCAAGACGCAGGCGGGAGGCCUCAGCAGCGGGCUUGGCGAGGCGGUGGCCGGCCCGCCCCAGCACGCAGGCGUCUUCCUGCCCGCACCCGCAGCGGCGGCAGCCACUGAGCCCACCCUGGACGAACUGGGCAUCAUGGCCCUGGCCGACAUGCUGAGCAGCCAGCCGCUGAGCCCCGCGGCGGGCUCCUUCGUGAACCCCAUGAGCGGCCCCCUCAACGCGCUGCUGCCGGGCCCGGUGCCUCUGCCGCCGGCCGCCCCGUUCGCCGGCCUCCUGGGCGCGCCCCUGGGCGGCCCCCUGGCCCACCCGAUGGCGGGGGCCCCCGGGACGGGCCUGGCCGGCGGCCUGGGCCUGGGCGCGGCGGGGCCCCUGGCGCCCAGCAGCCCCCUGGCCGGGUCGCAGAGCAACCCCCUCGUGGCGCCCCUGGCCGGGCCGGUGGCCGUGUCGCUCAGCAGCCCCCUGCUCGCCGCCGCGCCCCCGCUCGGGGUCGCCCCGAGCCUCCCGGCGGCGCCGCCCGAGGCCCCCAGGGUGCGGCUGGCCGAGCCGCCGCGCGCCGCGCCCCCCGCGCCGCCCCCCGCCGCCAGCGCGGGGCCGGCCGCGCCCCCCAAAGUCACAUUCUCCGGUGAUCCCCGGCCGGCCCGGGACCCCGAGCCCCGCGCCGUGGCGCGGGCGGGGUCCCCCCCGCGCCACCCCCACGCCCCGCCCCGCACCUCCUCCUCUCCGGCUUCAGUCCACGACGCGCGGGGUCCCCGAGCCGCGGAGUCGGCGGCGCCGCGGAAAGCCGCCCAGGAGCUGGACCGGAAGGCGGCGCACCGCAAGGCGGGCAAAUUCCCCGACGGCGCCCGGGAGUCCAAGCAGCUGGCCUGGGAGCGGCUGGUCGGGGAGAUCGCCUUCCAGCUGGACCGCCGGAUCCUGUCCAGCAUCUUCCCCGAGCGCGUGCGCCUCUACGGCUUCACCGUCUCCAACAUCCCGGAGAAGAUCAUCCAGGCCUCCCUGAACCCCGCUGACCACAAGCUGGAUGAGGAGCUGUGCCAGACGCUCACGCAGCGCUACGUGAGCAUCAUGAACAGGCUGCAGAGCCUCGGCUACAAUGGCCGGGUGCACCCGGCACUGACGGAGCAGCUGGUGAACGCCUAUGGCAUCUUGCGAGAGCGGCCGGAGCUGGCUGCCUCUGAAGGAGGCUGCUACACGGUGGACUUCCUGCAGCGCGUGCUGGUGGACACCGUGCACCCCAGCAUGCUCACCGACGCACUGCUGCUGCUCUCCUGCCUCAACCAGCUCGCACACGAUGACGGCAAGCCCAUGUUCAUCUGGUGACACCAGUGCCAGGCUGGCCCAGGCUCUCUGCCCUGCACCCCUGUGCACGACCAUU